AAGAAAAAAAACAGACAAUGAGGGCAUGACAAACACACACACAGGUGUGAUUGUGACACCUUGUGACAUGCUGAAUCAUGUUUUUUAUUGACAUGAUGUGGACUGCUUAUUCUAUUCACUCAAUGGGUAUGCUUCUUCUCUGGUCAAAACGUGUUGUGUGUGGGUGUGCCAUAUUCUGAUAGAUAGAUGCAUAGCCACAGGAAGUAGUUUGGGGGUGCCGAGAGUGUUCUGGGACUGCUAAUACAGAACAAGUAAAGGCCCAGCUUUUUUUUAUUUUUUUUUAUAUUUUCAGGGGUGCUGCAGAGGAUAGAUGCACACAUUCCCUCUAUUAAUGUAACAUAAUAAUUCCUUCUUACCAUAGCAAUGGCCCACUGCCAGUGGGCAAACAUUCGGGAGGAAGUGAGCUGAAUAGUUUAGAGCAGGGCUCUCCAACCCUGUUUCUAGAGAGCUACCAUCCUGUAGGGCGGUAGCUCUCUAGGAACAGGGUUGGAGUGAACACCUACAGGACGGUAGCUCUCUGGGAACAGGGUUGGAGUGAACACCUACAGGACGGUAGCUCUCUAGGAACAGAGUUGGAGUGAACACCUACAGGACGGUAGCUCGCUAGGAACAAGGCGGAAGCUCUAUAGGAACAGGGUUGGAGAACCCUGGUUUAGAGAACGUAUAAUAAGACGUCCAAGAACUCAAAACUCCGUUUUGACCUUACAAACAUGUCUGACUGUUUUGUCUGUUACGUAAGACGCGCAACGUCGACGUACGCGCCGGGUAACAGUCAAAUUUCGCGGGAGAUAUCUAAGCUAUGCUCUUUUGAAAGAACAAACUCCUCUCCAAAAGUAAACGUGCAUUUCAACAAAAUCGCAUUUUUGUCACGAAUACAAGGCCAAUAGAGGCAGCCAUGUUCUCUGAGGUAAGCGCCCCUCAGGAGGGUUCCUGUUCUCUUCUGUUGUGUCGUCCUGGCUCCGAGGACCAGGAGCCCUCCGUGUUUGACAGGGUCAAGCCGGCAUACUCACCCUGCUCUGAGCGUUUCAAGCUGGGGGAGCGCAGCUUCAACCGCCAGUAUGCGCACAUUUACGCCACACGACUCAUGCAGAUGAGCCCCCUGCUCACGGAGAGGGCCCAGCAGAAAUGGGGUGCAGGUGUACAGAUCAGGAAGUUAUGUGAUCUGCAGAUGGGUGAGCAGUGUUGCAUUGUGGGAACCCUGUUCAAGCACAUGGAACUGCAGCCAUCCAUUCUGAAGGAAAUCAGUGAGGAACACAAUCUGCUGCCCCAGCCUCCGCGCACGAGGUACAUCAGCGAAUCAGAUGAGUUGAUACUGGAGGAUGAGCUGCAGAGGAUCAAACUAGAGGGCAAUAUUGAUGUGGACAAGUUUGUCACAGGUAGUGUUAUUGCUAUUUAUGGUGCAGAAAAGAAUGAUGGGAAAUUCACAGUGGAUGAUUUCUGUACUGCUGACCUCCCCCCGCAGGCCCCCAGAACCACUCUCAGCUCAGACAGGUUUGUGCUGCUGUUGUCAGGUUUGGGUCUGGGCGGUAGUCAUGCAGACAGUAUGCUGGCUUUACAGCUGCUUGUUGACAUGGUAACGGGUCACCUAGGUGACCAGGGGGAGCAGAGUGGUGCAUCGACAAUCUCCAGGGUUCUACUGGCCGGGAACCUUCUGAGCCAAAGCACGCAGGACAAGGACGCAUCCACCAAGGCUAAAUACUUGACUAAGAAAACCCAGGCAGGCACUGUGGAUGCCAUGCGUCUGCUGGAUGAGAUGCUGAUGCAGCUGGUGUCGUCAGUUCCAGUGGAUGUGAUGCCGGGCCAGUAUGAUCCUACGAACUAUACCCUGCCCCAGCAGCCCCUACACCACUGUAUGUUCCCCCUCUCCUCCUCCUACCCCACCCUGCAGCUGGCCUCCAACCCACACCAGGCCACCCUGGACGGGGUGAGGAUCCUGGGGACGUCAGGGCAGAAUGUGAAAGACAUCCAGAAGUACAGCAGCAUGGACAGUCACUUGGAGAUACUGGAGAAUACACUGAGGCUUAGACACCUCGCCCCUACUGCACCUGACACACUGGGGUGUUAUCCAUUCUACCUGAAGGACCCUUUCAUCCUGGAGGAAUGUCCUCAUGUCUACUUCAGUGGCAACGCCCCCUCCUACCAGGCCAAACGCAUCACCGGUGCUGAAGGUCAAGAAGUCCUCCUGGUGGCUAUUCCAGAGUUCAGCAGCACUCAGACAGCCUGCCUGGUCAACCUCCGGACUCUGGAGUGUGAGCCAAUCCGCUUCUCUUCCUUCUCUGCUGGCGAUGAUGAGGAGAGUGAGAUGAACAUCAGCCACUGAAGGAGCAACACACACUCUUUGUCCUCAGCCCCUUCCCCUGGUCCUCAAAUGGAAUCAGGUUGUACACUAUCAAAAAUGUUUUUAAAGUGUCGGCUGAAGUCUCUCAUUGGUUUCUCUUGAUCAGCAAAGACAUGUCAUUAUAUAUAUAUAUAUAUAUAGUAAAUAUGGAGGAUCAAUGAUGCUGUGCAGUCAUCCCAGUACUGUUUGAGUAGAAGGAGACAUGUUGCUAAUGAAAGGUGUGUGUGGUGUGAAAAUA